AUGUUACUUUGGGUUGCGCUUCAUCAAGACCAAUUCAAUGAAGAAGAGCAGAUGGUUGUGUGGAUCCUUUACCACAUGACAGACAAAGCAGCUGAUUGGGCGCUCCCCCUCAUAGGGGCCAUUAUCAAGAACAAGGGGAAUCCUCCCACUACUAUCCUGGCCUUAACAGCCAAAUUCAAAGAAGCCUUUGCCAAUCCAGACGCAAAGAGGGCGGCCGCCAGAAAAAUUGCCGCGCUUACUCAGACAACCACCACAUCUGAGUAUGUCACUGAGUUCCAAAACCUCAUGGCGGAACUUGACUGGAACACUGAGGCGUACAUUGCCCAGUUUUCACGCGGCCUUCACUGGAAGGAAAACCGUCCUAAGAAGGUCCCCACCAAGUCCCCGGUCACCGCAACCACUACCACCACCCAGCAGGUCCGCCUUUCUGAGGACCCUAACUACGUCACACCAGAAGAAAGGGAUUGUCAUUGCGCAUCAGGCCUUUGUGUCAAGUGCGGCCAAAAGGGGCACGGCAUCAAACAAUGCCCCAAUGGUUGGAAGGCCACAAUCAAGGAGGCAGCCAAGGUAGCUGAGGAGGAGUCGGGAAAAGAAUAA